UAUCGAGUUCUGCUACGGGAGGGAAGUCUGAGAAGGGAGAAGACAUUGGCAGAACAGCGUCCAGCGGUGUGCGCCUGCACGGUGAAGCAACAUAGGGAGGAGGAGGAGGAGGAAGGGCGUAUAAGGAAGUCAGGGAGGGAGAGAGAGGACUCGUUCUGUUCUGAGACCCGGGUCAGAACUGCUACGUCUGCCACCAUGCCUGGAAUGAAAGUCUGCAUCAUCGGUUCGGGAAACUGGGGGUCUGUGAUCGCCAAGAUCGUGGGCCACAACGUGAAGGGGAACAACCGCUUCGAACCCGUGGUCAAAAUGUGGGUUUACGAAGAACUGAUCGACGGGAGAAACCUGUCUGACAUCAUCAACUCGGAGCACGAAAACGUCAAAUACCUGCCGGGCCACAAGCUGCCCGGGAAUGUGGUGGCUGUGCCCGACAUCACGGAGGCGGUGAAAGGGGCCAAAGUCCUCAUCUUCGUCAUCCCUCACCAAUUCAUCCAGAGGCUGUGUGAGCAGAUGAAGCCUCACGUCGCCCCCGGAGCCAUCGGGAUAUCGCUCAUCAAGGGGAUCGACUCGGGCCCCUCCGGCCUGCGGCUCAUCUCGGACCUCAUCAGGGAGAGUCUGGAGGUGGACGUCAGCGUGCUCAUGGGCGCCAACAUCGCCAACGAGGUCGCCGACCAGAAGUUCUGCGAAACCACCAUCGGGGCCAAGAACCCCGCCCACGGCCAGCUCUUCAAGGAGCUGCUCCAGACGCCCAACUUCCGCAUCACGGUGGUAGAAGAGAGCCACACGGUGGAGCUGUGUGGAGCCCUGAAGAACAUCGUGGCGGUCGGCGCGGGGUUCUGCGACGGCCUGGGCUUCGGCGACAACACCAAGGCGGCGGUGAUCCGCCUGGGCCUGAUGGAGAUGGUGGCGUUCGCCCGGCUCUUCUGCUCCGGCACCGUCUCCUCCGUCACCUUCCUGGAGAGCUGCGGCGUGGCGGACCUCAUCACCACCUGCUACGGCGGCCGCAACCGCAAGGUGGCCGAGGCCUUCGUCAGGACCUCCAAGUCCAUUGAGGAGCUGGAGGUGGAGAUGCUGAACGGCCAGAAGCUGCAGGGACCCCAGACCUCUGCCGAUGUCUACAAGAUCCUGGUCAAGAAGGACAUGGUCUCCAAGUUCCCACUUUUCUCCGCGGUCUACAAGAUCUGCUUCGAGGGCAAGGAAGUGAAGGAGUUUGUCACAUGUCUGCAGAACCACCCGGAACACAUGUGACCACGACUCACCGCGAUAGGCCAAUGGGAGGCGUGAUGACGCAAGGUUAUAACCACUAAAGGAGAAGAGGAAUGCUAAGGAUUGCAUAACUCAUAAAAAAUCGAACAACUCACAUUUAAAAUGUCUUAAAAUUGCCCGAAAAGGGUUGUUCUAGUUUUGUUAAGUUUGAGAAAAGGGGAUGUACAUUAUAUAAGCUUGUUUUAAAAUAAUUGAUUGAAAUUCAUUUACAUUGGCGCUGCGUGCCAUUUACGCACGGUGCUAACUCCUAACACUGGGAAUAUUACUUUCUUGUUGGAAAGACAUUAACGAGACGUUGAUAAGACAGGUAUUUCUUGGCAGAAAGACUGAAUAAACAUUGACUAGAACGAUAUUACCAUUCAGGUAUAUUCCCUAGCGAUACAAUAGCUGCAAACGCACACAAAUAUGAAUCUGUUUGGAAGUCAACUUUUCAUGGACAUGUGUGUAUCUAUCCAUCUUAUCCAUCUUAUCUAUCUUAUCUAUCUAUCUAUCUAUGUGUAUGAGAAUAUAUCCACACAAUUGAGUACUUUACACCGAUAGAUUUAGUUGGAGUCGGAUAGCAUUUCAUCUCUUAGUUCCAUAAUAUAGUCGUCUUACUUUGGAUUUCAAGCAAUCUUAUUCUACAGAGAAAGUAGAAUUUGCACAUUUUUAUUUUUGUAACCUAUGCACUGUUUAGCAAAAUUUGUAUCCCGAUGUAAUGUUUAGCACUUAUAUCUGGUUUUUAUGUUGAAUAUCUUGAAUGUGGGGGAAGCAGCCUUUCCCUUAGUAAUUCAAUUUCCCAAUUCAAAUAAUUGAUAUGUAUUAAAUAAAAGUGUCUUCCUCAAAAAGUGUAUUUUCUAUUUA